CUUCCAUUAGAGAGAUACUUUUUUCCAAGACUCCUCUGGCAAAUCAUUGUUUCAUUUGGGAAUUCAUCGAGGGGUUGAGAAGAUAAAGAUUUAAAUUCAUGGCUGAUCAUUGUAUCAGACUUCACUUGGCCUCUGUUUUCUUGCUUUUAGGGCUUAUAAUUUCGACUUUCAGCUUGCAGGGUAUUGCAGCAGAGAAUCUUUCAAAGCAGAAGCUUUCCUCACGGAUUCUUCAGAAUGAGAUUGUUAAUGAAGUCAAUGCUAAUCCAAAAGCUGGAUGGAAAGCUGCUUUGAAUGAUCGAUUUGCAAACGCCACGGUUGCAGAAUUUAAGCGCCUCCUUGGUGUUAAACCCACACCAAAGACUGAAUUUUUGGGCGUGCCUAUUGUAAGCCAUGGUAUUUCUUUGAAGCUUCCAAAAGAAUUUGAUGCUAGAACCGCUUGGUCACAGUGCACCAGUAUUGGAAGAAUCUUAGAUCAGGGUCACUGUGGUUCUUGCUGGGCCUUUGGUGCUGUUGAAUCACUGUCUGACAGAUUCUGCAUCAAAUAUAACAUGAAUAUUUCUUUAUCUGUCAAUGAUCUCUUAGCAUGUUGUGGAUUCCUUUGCGGUCAAGGUUGUAAUGGGGGAUACCCAAUUUCUGCUUGGCGGUACUUUAAGCACCACGGUGUUGUAACCGAAGAGUGUGAUCCAUACUUUGACAAUACUGGUUGCUCUCACCCGGGAUGUGAACCCGCUUACCCUACACCAAAAUGUGUGAGGAAAUGUGUUAGCGGAAACCAGCUUUGGCGUGAAUCAAAACACUAUGGUGUUAGCGCUUACAAGGUUAGAUCUCACCCUGAAGACAUUAUGGCAGAAGUUUACAAAAACGGACCUGUUGAGGUUGCCUUUACCGUUUACGAGGACUUUGCUCAUUACAAAUCUGGAGUGUACAAGCACAUAACUGGUACUAACAUUGGAGGUCAUGCUGUUAAGCUUAUUGGCUGGGGAACUUCUGAUGACGGCGAAGAUUAUUGGUUGCUUGCAAAUCAAUGGAACCGAAGUUGGGGUGAUGAUGGUUACUUCAAGAUCAGGAGAGGAACAAACGAAUGUGGCAUCGAACACGGUGUUGUAGCUGGUUUACCUUCAGACAGGAACGUCUUUAAAGGUAUUACAGCUUCAGAUGAUCUUCUUGUUUCCUCGUUUUAAACAAGAAUAUGUGUAUCUCUACUCUGUAAUAUAUGAUCUGCCACCCUGUUGUUGUUGCCAAUGGAAUAAUUAAACUGACUUAUGAUCCAAAAAGAAAGUAUUUAUAGAUUUUAGCUUUGUUCA